CUAGGGAUAAUGCAAUAUUAACCAGCUAACGUUAACCGAAGCCGCCAGUAGUUUUUAGUUUGACCUGCUAAUGUGCUACGCUGCAUACAUUUGACGUUAGCUUCGCUUCUGUGUCCGUUCUAGGUUCAAUUCAGCUUUUAAUAACGAAGUUACCCUUACGGAUAGUUACAUGGCGUAUUGGCAUGUUGAUUAGAAGAGCAGAAAUCAGUUGUUAUUAGCUCCAUCAACGGUUUCCUGUUUACAUGCCUGUUUACUUGAGUGACUACAGGAGAGCUCUGCAAUCAUGUCCAGUAACGCUGAGGAGGGGAGCAACCCUGCAACUAAGUGCUUCGGGCAGUGUACCUACACAGCUGAGGAGUACCAGGCGGUGCACAACGCUCUGCGACAGAAGCUGGGACCAGAGUACAUCAGUACCAGAGUGGCUGGAGGAGGACAGAGGGUGUGUUACAUUGAAGGCCAUCGUGUGAUCAGCCUGGCUAAUGAGAUGUUUGGAUACAACGGAUGGUCUCACUCCAUCUCUCAGCAGAAUGUCGACUUUGUCGACCUCAUCAACGGGAAGUUUUAUGUUGGAGUCAGUGCGUUUGUCAAAGUGCAGCUGAAGGACGGGGCAUUUCAUGAGGAUGUAGGGUACGGAGUCAGUGAAGGGCUGAAGUCUAAAGCUCUGUCAUUGGAAAAGGCGAGAAAGGAAGCUGUCACUGAUGGCAUGAAGAGAGCGCUGAAAUGCUUCGGUAAUGCCCUGGGAAACUGCAUCCUGAAUAAAGAAUAUCUUCUAGCCAUUAACAAGAUCCCCAAACAGCCUCCUCCUCCUCUAGACCUGAUGCAGACUAAGCGCUCUGACGGUGAGCCCUCAGUGGACAAGGCCCGGUACUCCAGUCUGGUCCGGGAGGACAAGCUUGCGUCUGUGGUGGGACCUAGCAGGACGCCGCUGGAGCCCAGAAUCCUCAACCAGAAGCAGAACUGUUCAGAAGUUCAUACUCCUAAUGCCGCUGACUCUGCUCUCGACAGGCAGAGUGAGAACAUCUGCUCCAGACCUCCCACAGACUCUGAAACCCACACGGACCCCAAACAGCUGAGAAAACUCCGACAGCAGCAGCUUCAGCAGCAGUUCAGAAAAGAGAUGGAGGCCAAGAGGCUGCAGCAGGAACAGCAUCAAGCCAAGUCUGAGGACACAGAGGUCGCUAUUGGACGGGGAUCCAGUGGAGGUCAUGAAGGUGCACCCGCUCUCAGUGACAGCACCUCGGCUGGACACAGGACCCCCAGCAGCAAGGACGAGUAUUUAGCAGAUGAUCCUGAGCUCUGGGAUUUCACUCUGGAUGGGAUUGAGGCGCUUGAUGUCCUCGCAGGUGGCCCUCAGACCAGAGGGUUCAGGCCCAGCACACCCAGCAGUCACCAGAUGCAGACACGCAGUAAGACCCCUCAGAGAGCCCCGGGCAGACCUCCAGACGAGGCCCCGUCGUACAGCAGAGGACAGGACAGGAGUCAGUUCAGACCUCAAACAGGAUCAGGUGAAGCCUUCAGUCCAUACAGACAGGGACAGUACAUGAAGAAACGCAGACUGGACAGCUGAGAUUUUAUGUUGCUGUUCCACAACUGCCUCAGUUUUUUAUAUUUAUUUUAAUAUGUACAUUCAAUGAGUUUAUUUUGCUAUUGCUGCUAUGUCUGAUGUUUGGAGAAAUGUUAAUCUGGUUUUGUAAAAAAAUAAAAACAUAA